AUGGAAAUUAUUGAGACUUUAGAAGGGAAGCAGCAUGUUAGUGAUAGAAAAUUUUUAUUUUUUGGAUCAGAUCCACAUUCGAAUAUUAACAAAACAAUAGAAGAAUUCAUUCUCAAAUUUGAACAACUAACGGUUGAUCUUUCCUUUAUAUUCGAUCAGCUAAUGGAAUUUCAGCAAUUCAUAACUACAAAUGAAAAUGUGCAAUUUGUGCUUUUUAUCGAUGAUAGAUGUGGAUUUGAUAUGAUUUCUUCGCUUCAAGAUAUUGUCCAAGUAGACAGUAUUCAUAUUUUUCAUGAAAGUGAAUACCAGCCAUGGUCAACAUUCUAUUCAAAAAUCCGUGGUGGAUAUAGAAUUGCAGCAGAUUUUGUUCAGAUUUUAGUCGAUGAAAUUGGAUAUUUUUAUGAACAAAAAUCAAAUGAAUACGAAAAAUUAGGUCAUAUGAAUUUGGCCAAUGAGAAACGUGAUCAAAUUAAAUAA